AUGUUUCUCAAAUGGGUCAUGCUACUUCCGUUUUCCUUGGCAGCCAUAUGUCCCUUAGAGCACCACCAAGUCUGCAACGUAAUCAAGAAAGAGCAUGACCACAGUGCGCAAAACAAACAUCGAUGCACCUGUGCUAUUACUCCCCUAUCGGCAGAUAAUAUCAUUCUGUCGGACCUCUCACUUAAUGUCGAUGAUGAUGCCAUUGUGGAAUGUCGAAACACUGAUGGAGAAGCUGUUGCGUAG